CGCCGCCGUAAAAUGCUGACGUGGCAACCUCGAGGAGAUCUAGUAACUGUCGACCAACGAUUAAAGUUCAAACUUCGGGAGUCCACGGAACAGUGAAGCUAACAAAAGAAGCACAGAGAUGUUGUUGAGUCAUUUCUUCAAACACCUUCCGUGCAUAUCGUGCCGCCGGCUCUCCACUCUCUCCCGCCGCUGCAUUCACCCACCUGGGCCACUUUUCCAUCCGCUCAAUCUCCUCUUCACAAACUGUAAUCCCGUCCACCAACCACCGGUACCCAGCUCCCUCCUCGCAACGUUUUUUGUUCCUUCCUGUUCGUAUACUUCACUAACCGAACCCGGGUCGUCCACCGCACCUCCUUAUCUCUCCGUUCGCAUUCGCUGCCGGAAAAAUGUUGCUGAUUCACUUUCCGACGCCCUUCUGGAAUUUGGUGCAAGUUCUACCAGUAUGGAUGAAGAUGAUAAUGCAAAAAGCUCAGAUGAGAUUUGCAUUGAUUCCAUAUUUCCUGAAUGCGAAGAUGUAGAUGCAAGUAUUUCUGAGGCUGCUAAUUCAAUAGGCUUAAAAGAUAUACCAAGUUAUAGAGUUAAAAUGGGGGAGCAAUAUGACUGGGUUAAGAAAACUCAGGAGUCUUUUGAUCCAGUUGAAGUAACAGAAGGACUUUGGAUUGUGCCAGAGUGGAAAACUCCCCCAGUUGAUCAAGCAACAAAUAUAAUUCUGAAUCCUGGACUGGCAUUUGGAACUGGGGAACAUGCCACUACUAAACUGUGUCUUUUGCUUCUACGUAGAUUGAUAAAAGGAAGAGAGCUCUUCUUGGAUUAUGGCACAGGUUCUGGAAUUCUUGCAAUUGCAGCACUCAAGUUUGGUGCUUCAUUAUCUGUUGGAAUUGAUAUUGAUCCCCUAGCAAUAACAUCUGCACGUCACAAUGCUGCUCUGAAUGACAUAGGUCCUGAGAAAAUGCAAUUACAUCUAGUUUCUACCAAAACCUUCCCUGACUCAACGAAUGAACAAAAAGCCAUGGAAGAGCAGACUUCAUGCGGAUCGGGAAUCAUAUAUGAACCAGAGAAAUAUGAUGUGGUCAUUGCAAAUAUCCUUUUAAACCCAUUGAUGGAAUUGGCAGAUCAUAUUGUCUCUUUUGCUAAGCCUGGUGCUGCUAUUGGUCUCUCUGGAAUCCUAUAUGAACAGCUUCCUGAUAUCUUAGAUCGAUAUUCUCCAUUCUUGGAUGGCAUAUCAGUGGAUGAGAUGGAUGACUGGGCCUGUGUAAGUGGCAAAAAGAAAAGAAUUCUGACUGGAAUUUGAGAGUAUGUUGGGAUUGAG